AUGGGCUCCGCCGUGAGCGCGCCGAUCAAACAGCAGGCCAAGGCGCUCAAGGGCCGGCGCUACAUGCGGGGCAUGCUCCCGGAGAAGUACUUCGAGGUGGUUGUGAAGAAGGAGCACGGCGAGUUGUUGGAUAUACUGGGCUUUACCGAGGAAGAGGCCUUCGAGAUAUUUGUCCAGUUCAUCUCCAUCGAUGACGACAACUCUGGAGAGGUGUCGGUGGACGAGUUCCACGGGCACUUGGACUCGCAGGCGACCAAGUUCAGCGAGAGGGUGUUCUCCAUCCUCGACCAGGACAUGAGCGGCAUGCUGGACCUGAGGGAGUUCAUCAUUGGCGUCUGGAACUACUGCACGUACGACACCACUCUGGUGGCCAAGAUCUUGUUCGGCAUCUUCGACGUCGACAAGAGGGGCAGGGUCACCAUGGCGGAGCUGGACGCGAUGGUGAGGAUGCUGUACGGGUCACCGGACGCCGAUCCCGACCUGUUGAAGGCGCUGGCGGUCAACGGCAGCGGGGACGAAGACGCCCUUACCUUCGACGAGUUCUUGCAGGCGGUGCAGGACAACUACGAGGUUGCGCAGCCGGCGUUCGAGCUGCAGAAGGCGAUCCGCCGCAAGGUGCUGGGCGUCAAGUACUGGGAGAAGAUGACCAAGCAGAGGACGAAGAUGUUCGCCAACUAUGACCAGGGUGAUCUGACGAGCGUCCAGGCGAUCGAAGCGAUCGUGUCGGCGAAGCAGAAGGAGCGGUUGAAGGAGCUGGAGAGGAAGAAGGCCGAGAUCGCGGCAGAGCAUGACAGGGAGCUACAGCAGGCGGCGGAGGAGCGCAUUGCGCUGCACGAGGACAAUCAGCAGCGAAAGAAGCACAAGCUCAACGAGCUGCGGGACGCCAGGCCGGCAGACGAAGUCGAGGAAGAGAACGCUUGGAUAGCUCUCAAAGAAGCGCGAGCGGUGAUCAAGUCAGACUACACCGAGAGCGACGUGGACGAUCUGCGAAAAGCCAGAGAGGUACUUUGGGAUAGCUACGACCGCGCGAUCCGGUCGAGCAAGACUAGGGCAAGGCUGAAGGCGGAGAGGGAGCUGGAGCUGGCUUCCAAGGACGACGCCAACAGCAAGGCCGACGCGUGGAUCCAAACCAAGCAGGGGAGAGUCAAGCACGAGUUCCUGUGCCGUCAGAGCUACGGCAACCUCCUCCACAAGGCGUACGUCAAGAAGGGGCCCCCGAUGCAGGCGUUCGCCGCUCUUCACGCUCCCGACGAUGCCCCGGUCACUCUUGCAACGAGGAUCGCCUACGACCACCCGAGGCCGGCGAUGCUCAAGGAGGCCAAGACCCUGCUCGUGGCGGAGGCCGGGGCUCGCGGCACCGCCUGGGACCUGUUGUGGGACGUCGAGGAGGAGAACGAGUACUACCUCCACGUGGAAAAUGACGGAUCGACGAAGAAGUACCCUAAGGAUACUGCGGUGUGCCACAACUGCGACGCGAUGAUUGCCCCGGAGGACCAAAUGUGCGCGCAGUGCCACACAAGUCGGAGCGCCAAGACUCGGGCUCUUCGUGUCGAACCCCAAGAGGUUGCACCUUUUUUGGCCACGGUAAGGGCUACAGCGGUAGAAGCUAGGCGCGAGUACGACGGCGCGAAGCAUGUUGAUAUCUGAGGGCUCUUGCGGCCGUGUUUUUGCAGGGCAGAGUAGAGGUUUCUGUAGCGGGGGUCCAGUUCGUCGGUGCUGCUAUUUUCUGCCCCCACUACCAUCCGCUGCCUGUCUGGAGGGACUUCGAGUUUACACCUAAGGGUGCGCAGCACAGGGAACCAGUCGAAGGGGGCCUCGGACGCAGAAAAAAAAAAUAGAGAGAGCCUCCCUUUGCUCUCUCCGUAUCAUGACUGCACUCCUCUCAUCAUUGAGUACUAUGCUAUGUCGCCCUGUCACCAUGUUAUGUAGGGUGCACGUGCCUUGAUUCUCAAAUUGUUGUGCUGUUCAAGCGUAUAAAUUGCUUGGCAGCGAUCCCACAGCGGCAACACACAAUUUUUUGUUCACUUCCCUCAAAAACCUAUCUACACCCCGGACCGAAAGCGCAUCCUGAAGCACGUACCACACCCACCCAUGUGACCCCCCCUCCCUACAUCCUUACAUAACAGCUGCUGCUAUUGCUUGAUCCGUCUGACAAGAGAGAGUGGAACGGGCCACCUGAACGGGGUGUAACGUACCCACGUCGUCCACUCUCCCUCUCGUACCCCGCACCCCAAAAGAGCGCGACACAAGUCAUCUCUGCCCCAUCCCCCACCCCCGACCCUAAUUGCUAUGUUGCCCGCAGUCUCCCUUCAUCUACUUACAUCCAUGGACGGCUUGCCUGGUUUCCCGCUGCCUGCACUCUUCAAGAACGACCUAUUAGUGCAACCAUGGAACAACGUUGCACCCAUGGUGAUACCAACAACAUGCAUUCGUUCAUCAAUGCAUACAUACAGAGCUCUCUUGUCUCUCUGUUUACUCUCUUGCCCCCGUAACCAGACACAACAGCUACGGUGGCAAAGGUUGCGAUCACUGGUAUACCUCCAAAGAACCGCUGCAUUCAACGCAGCAGUAUGGGCACACAAAAUCAACCGCAACUGUACUUGUAUGCAGCCACUUUUUCACCAAGCAGGGCCGGUGCUCAUUCAAAUUCAAUACAAUCUCCAAACAGGCGCGGAUGCGGCGAGUUGUCGUAUCGGGGACAAACACUACAGAGUCGAUUCUGCUACCAAGGUGGCACGCACGAUGCCCGGCGAACAGAACUGAGCCUAUCGAGGGAGGUGGCGUCGCGCUUCAACACGCGCCACAUGACUGCCCUCAAGGUAGAAGGGGGCCCCGUGAGAUAAAUCGGAGAAACCGUCCCCCUCCGAACUCUCUCCACCGCCAAUCGACAAAUAAAUCGACUCCCACCCACCCACUCUCAAAAAGAACUUGCUGCCGCACGCUGCAAAUAACUAAAUGAAUACGCACACGCACCCAAAGCAACCAAAUGGAAAGAGCGAACUAAUGGCCUUAAAAAGUCUCUGACGUCGCUGUACUAUGACUCUCCCCCCCCCCCCCCCCGCCGCCCCGACGGAGUUUUAGCUGGCACGAUGCCGCAAGGAAUGGUAUCCCUGCUCUGCUAGCUUGGCCCGGUCUUGCCACGUGCAAACACAAACCACACGCAACACAAUGUAGAGGCGGUCGUCAUCUACAAAAGUAUCGAGACAUGUACUGAAGUAUACCAUCUUGACGGACGGCAACAACGUUACCCGAACCUCAACAAAACGAAAUGAUUGUCGGCAGGCAGUCA